UCCCUUCGCCCGUUCCCGGGGGCCGCAGAGCUAGAGCAGCUCAGACGAGCGGUACCGCGCAGACAGGAUGGCGGACGUCCUGGACCUUCACGAGGCUGGGGGCGAAGACUUCGCCAUGGAUGAAGAUGGGGACGAGAGCAUCCACAAAUUGAAAGAAAAAGCAAAGAAACGGAAAGGCCGCGGCUUUGGUUACGAAGACGGGUCCCGAGCACGGAUGCGUGAAGAUUACGACAGCGUGGAGCAGGAUGGCGAUGAGCCUGGACCGCAACGCUCUGUUGAAGGCUGGAUUCUCUUUGUCACCGGAGUCCACGAGGAAGCCACUGAAGAAGACAUACACGACAAAUUUGCGGAGUACGGAGAGAUUAAAAACAUCCACCUCAACCUGGACAGGCGCACAGGAUACCUGAAGGGGUAUACUCUAGUGGAGUAUGAAACAUACAAGGAGGCCCAGGCUGCCAUGGAGGGACUCAACGGCCAGGAUUUGAUGGGACAGCCCAUCAGUGUGGACUGGUGUUUUGUUCGGGGUCCGCCCAAGAGCAAGAGGAGAGGUGGCCGGAGACGCAGCAGGAGUCCAGACCGGAGGAGGCGCUGAGGGUCCUCUGUUGUCCAGGUGUUCUCUGCAGAGGUUCCCCUUGACCGUGCAGCCUUAGAGAUAUUGGGCUGGGUUGGAAUCUACUGUUUAUAUUUAAUCCCUUACCAGCUAUGUGUUUGAGUUCUCAAUAAAUGUCCGAUUUCUGAUUCCUGUA